GUAGCAGCUAAACACUGGCGGUGACCGGACAUGAACUUUAGCAUGUAGUUAGCCAACUUUACUGGGAGUAAAAACAGGAAAACCCAGGCGGCAGCAGCGUCCCUCCAGUCCGGUUCAGUCAGAGGAAAUGAGGAAGUGAACAGCUGACUACUUCCAGUUGUUUUCCGCCGAGAAAGAAAAAUGGUGCACAGAUGUUGACUGAGGAGCGUCUCUGCACUGGGUCAUGUUAUCUGUCGGAGCCAGACCUCCUCUGUCCUGACACAGGGAGUUUUACAGCCAGGAUCUAGACUUUCUACCUCGACACACGUGGAGUCCACACCUUCUGUUCUACCUCUUAGGACAUCAACUGCUCUUGUUUCUACCUCAACACAUAACUGUACGCACACAGCUGCAUGUAGCUGUCAUCAGCCAGCUCAUGAACACCAACACACUCUUCACUUUAUCAGCAAGUUCUCAGGUGUCAGUCAGUGUAGCACAGUUUCUUCCUGCUUUGCUGCCAUAAUCACUAGCUGGGGAGGAGCCACCCAAAGCAGCCAUGUUUCAUAGGGGUUUGUGAUGUCCUGCGACGGACCAGGACCAGGGGACGGACAGGGGCGGGCUGACGGAGACGUUCCUCGGUUCGUUGUUGGCUGUGGGGAUGACGAGCAUGACAUGGGCCAAAUGGAGGCAGGCAUGAAAAAUGAGAUGUACAGAGAAGAAGAAAUGGAGGACGAUGAAGAUGAGUCGCCACCAGAGCGACAGAUUGUGGUUGGCAUAUGUGCCAUGAUGAAGAAGUCCAAAUCCAAGCCCAUGACUCAGAUCCUGGAGCGACUUUGUAGGUUUGACUACAUCAACGUGGUCAUCUUUCCUGAGGAAGUGAUCCUGGAGGAACCUGUAGAAAAAUGGCCUCUCUGCGACUGCCUCAUCUCCUUCCACUCCAAAGGUUUCCCUCUGGACAAAGCUGUGGAGUACGCCAAGCUCAGGAAUCCACUGCUCAUCAAUGACCUCAACAUGCAGUAUUUCAUACAGGACAGGAGGGAAGUGUACCGGAUCCUACAGGAAGAGGGCAUUGAAUUACCUCGUUAUGCCGUGUUAAACCGAGACCCUGACAAUCCUGAAGAGUGUAACCUGGUGGAAGGGGAGGACCAUGUCGAGGUGAACGGGGAGGUGUUCCCUAAACCCUUUGUGGAGAAACCUGUGUGUGCAGAGGACCACAAUGUGUACAUCUAUUACCCUACAUCUGCUGGAGGAGGCAGCCAGAGACUCUUCAGAAAGAUUGGGAGCCGCAGCAGUGUGUACUCCCCUGAAAGUAGUGUACGGAAGACUGGAUCCUACAUCUACGAGGAGUUCAUGCCCACAGAUGGCACUGAUGUGAAGGUUUACACAGUAGGUCCAGACUACGCCCACGCAGAGGCCCGUAAAUCUCCUGCCCUGGACGGAAAGGUAGAGCGGGACAGUGAGGGAAAGGAGAUCCGUUAUCCUGUCAUGCUGACCGCCAUGGAGAAACUGGUGGCCCGCAAGGUCUGCCUGGCCUUCAAGCAAACAGUGUGUGGGUUCGACCUGCUCAGAGCCAACGGCCACUCCUUCGUCUGUGACGUUAAUGGCUUCAGCUUCGUCAAAAACUCCAUGAAGUACUACGACGACUGUGCCAAAGUCCUGGGGAACAUGGUGAUGAGAGAGUUAGCCCCCCAGUUCCACAUCCCCUGGUCCAUCCCCAUGGAAGCCGAAGACAUCCCCAUCGUCCCAACAACCUCAGGAACCAUGAUGGAGCUGCGCUGUGUUAUUGCCAUCAUCCGCCAUGGAGAUCGCACACCAAAGCAAAAGAUGAAAAUGGAGGUCCGACAUCCUCUAUUCUUUGAGUUGUUUGAGAAGUACGGCGGCUACAAGUCAGGAAAACUGAAGCUAAAGAAGCCAAAACAGCUACAAGAAGUGCUGGACAUUGCCCGCCUGCUGCUGGUUGAACUGGGCCAACACAAUGACUGUGAGAUCGAGGAGAAGAAAUCUAAACUGGAGCAACUCAAGACUGUCCUGGAGAUGUACGGUCAUUUCUCAGGUAUUAACAGGAAAGUCCAGCUGACCUACCUGCGUAAUGGCCAACCUAAAGCCUCAAGUGAAGAGGAAGAUUCCAAGAAGGACGGCCCAUCUCUGCUGUUGGUAUUGAAGUGGGGCGGCGAGCUGACUCCUGCAGGUCGGGUUCAGGCUGAGGAGCUGGGCAGGGCCUUCCGCUGCAUGUAUCCCGGCGGUCAAGGUGACUACGCCGGGUUUCCAGGCUGUGGCCUCCUGCGCCUGCACAGCACUUACCGCCAUGACCUUAAGAUCUACGCCUCUGAUGAAGGCAGAGUGCAGAUGACAGCUGCUGCUUUCGCAAAGGGUCUGCUGGCUCUAGAAGGGGAGCUGACUCCAAUCCUGGUUCAGAUGGUAAAGAGUGCCAACAUGAACGGACUGCUGGACAGCGACAGCGACUCCCUGACUGACUGCCAACAGAAGGUGAAGGCCAGGUUGCAUGAAAUCAUGCAGAAAGGCCAGGAGUUCACACUGGAGGACUAUCAGAAGUUGGCACCGACUGCCAGCCCAUCGCUGGUGAACUCAAUGAGAGUCAUACAGGAUCCAGUUAAAACCUGUGACAAGGUGUACGCCCUCAUCCAGAGUCUCAAUUCACAAAUCCGCAAGAGACUUGAGGACCCCAAAUCUGCAGACCUUCAGCUUUACCACAGUGAGACGCUGGAGCUGAUGCUGCAGCGCUGGUCCAAACUGGAGAGAGACUUCCGUAUGAAGAACGGCCGCUACGACAUUAGCAAGAUCCCGGACAUCUACGACUGUAUCAAAUACGACUCGCAGCACAACGCCUCGCUUGGACUGGAGGACACGCUGGAGCUGUUCAGAUUGUCACGUGCCCUGGCUGACAUAGUCAUACCACAGGAGUACGGCAUCACCAAAGCAGAGAAACUGGACAUCGCUCAGGCUUACUGUGUUCCUCUGAUGAAGAAAAUCCAGCUGGACCUGCAGAGGACCCACGAGGACGAGGCCGUUAACAAGCUGCACCCCCUGUAUUCUCGUGGCGUGAUGUCUCCUGGUCGUCACGUUCGCACACGUCUCUACUUCACCAGCGAAAGCCACGUUCACUCCCUGCUCAGUGUCUUCCGCUAUGGAGGACUGCUGGAUUACCAGGAUGAGAAGGACCAGCAGUGGAAACAGGCAAUGGACUACCUGAGUGCUGUGACUGAACUCAACUACAUGACACAGAUAGUCAUUAUGCUGUAUGAAGACAACAAUAAGGACCCUUCCUCAGAGGAGCGUUUCCACGUUGAGCUUCACUUCAGUCCAGGAGUCAAAGUGUGUGAAGAUGAGGAAAAUGAACCUCUCGGCUUUGGCUUCCGCCCAGCCUCCUCAGAGAAUCAAGACAAGAAGCCUAAUCAGGGCAGUCUGGAGGACCUCUCUCAGGACCAGCCAGACCAGGCACUUCCUCUCUCUGAGCCCAUCAACAUUCAGCGAAGGUCACCCAUGAUACGGAACCGGAAGACGGGCUCCAUGGAGGUCCUCUCUGAGACCUCCCCCACCCAGUCCUCCAAAGGCUCCACAUCCCACCGACUCUUCCCCUCGUGUUCACGCCAGUCUCCUGAAAUCAAACCAGCCAGUGGCCUCGGGUCACUUUGCUCUGGCCUCUUCAGUGCCUCUGCCCUUGGGGUGUCCUGUAGCGCCCCCAACCUGCGGGACUACGUCCGCACGCACCACCACCUCCACCGAAAACCACCGCUGUCCCCUGGCAGUCUGCCAUGCAAGAUGGGCAUGUUUGAGCUGUUCUCUAUGCCGCCAGUAAAGAGAUUUUCUGUGUCGUUUGCCAGGCAUCCGACUAAUGGCUUCGAAGGCUGCUCCAUGGUGCCCUCUAUCUACCCACUGGAAACGCUGCACAACUCCCUCUCUCUGAAGCAGGUGGAUGAGUUCCUCAACAAGGUGUGUGAGAGCAGCAGCGACGCCCACGCCAAGACCAUGAAAGUGCUCUCCAGCCUGUUUGACUCUCAGAGCCAGACGUCUCUGUACAGUCCUCAGCAGCCGCUGUCCUCCUCUGGAUCUGAAACAUCUCUUCGGCCGCCAAGCCAGCCUCUGUGGCAUGGCAGUAUCCCCUCCAGCACUGUGUCCAGUGCGGGUCCCUCCUCCCCGAUCACUGAGAGCUCUGGCCUGAACUUCAGCUUCAGUGAGUAGACACACUGAAAAAAACCACGAGGACUCCCGGGUUUCUAAGGGCACGAUCUAAAGAACUCUGUUUGUCUCUCUGUGCUUUCAUUCAUCUUUUCCUCACAUUCACAAAAAAAAAAAAACACUGGAGGAGAUGAUGAUUCUGGAGAGAGGCUGAUGCGCCUCGAACAUUACAAACACGUAGACUGUAAAAAAUAACCACUCAGACUGUACAUGGGUCCUCCAGCUGCACACAUGUGAUCACAUCAUCCACUGCGCCAUACGAGAGAAAACAGUGGACCUCCAAGAGUAAAAAAAAAUCUCUCUCCGACUUCACUUUUCCUCCUUCGGUUUGUCGACACAUUUGUAAACCAGCUCAGACUGAGUAACAGUGCAUCACGCCACCAUUCAGACCAGUUGUGCCUUUAGUUUAUUUGGAUGCUGCCUACGCUAAAACAACAACAGUGCCUGUUUGUUUUUGUUUUCGUUUUAGCCCAAAUGCUGUUUUACAAAAUAUCUCACACACCAGCUGCCUCAUUUGUGACAUUAGACGUGUGCGCUGGAACAUAUUACAGACUGUGAAUCAGUGUCCACCGUCAUUCAUUUGAAUUUGAAAUUCUUCACUGCUCCGGCAGUGAUGCUGCCCAAUCACGUCCCACUCUGAAACAACACAGAGUCAAAUGAAAAUCACGUGAAAUGAGCUAACAUUUCAACACUUUUCCUUACAGUCUGUAUUAGCCAGAUAUCUGCAGUUCAGAUUAGACGAUCAACAUCACGCUCACAUCUGUCCGUCGAAUAUGAAGCUACAGCUAGCUUAGCUUAGCUCAAACAUCUACCCCGGUUCUGUCCAAAGGUAACAAAAAAGCACCUCUAAUUAACACAUUAAAUCUUUUUUGUGUAAUUUGUACAAAAGCUGACGUGUAAGAGCAACAGCUUGUGGUUUAAUGUGCCAGACUAUUUCUUUGCCUAGGUUCAGUAUCACAUUCUCUGCAGCUCACGAUAAGUUUAAAAACAUUACCUACGUAUUGGCACAAUUUGCUGUAAUAAUUCACAAUUAAUAGUCAUUUUUAUUUUUAAGACUGAAGCUUGUGAUGAUGGAUAUUUAAAUGUAAAACCACAGAAUUAAUGUAGAAUCAACACAAAGGAAGUAUAUUUAAAUUCAUAAUACUAUUUUUAUUAGCAUCUCCAUUUUAACUUAUUGCCAACGAUUGUAGCAAACAAAACGCAGCUGUGUCAGUUGGGUGCAUUUUUCUAAUAUGCUAAAUAUGUCAAACAGAUAGUAAAAUUCAAUGUGCUAAGAAGGCAGCACAAAAAUGCUUCAUUAUACACUUUAUACA